CGUUCGUUUUUACUAAACCCUGUGCUAAAAAACCCUGAUCCAUCUCAGUCUCUCAGACCCGCAUUCUCGUAUCCUCCGCCACAGAAACCCUAAUCAGAGCCGAUGAGACACCCAUGGCAGCGUCUGCUUCUUCUCCGAGCUCACCUCCGUUCCUCGCCUCACGUGUUCUCACAGUCUUCUUACUCUCAGGUAAACUCCCAAUCGAAUCUCCAUUCAUUUUCGCUCUUCCACACUGACACUCUCCACCCAAAGCUUCCAACUUUACAGUCCAUUUUCAAUUACCCACUAAACCCUAGAAACCCCAUGUCACGAAACCUCUCGUCGGAGCCAGCACUUGAAACUAAAGACUCCGAUCAUGGGGUUAUAGCUGAAAUUUUCUCUAGGCCUAGGGAUGAAAUUGAUAUUAGGAAAGACUUGGAAUUGAACAAUGUAGAGUUUACCCAUGAUUUUGUUUUGAGUGUUUUGAAGAGCUUAGAAUCGAGCCCUGAUGUUGCGAGGAGGGUUUUCGAUUGGGUUUUGUUAUCUGAAGGUAAGAGAUUGAGCUCGAAAUCGUAUAAUCAGAUGCUGUGUAUUUUGGGUGUCAAUGGGGUUGUGAAGGAGUUCUGGGAGUUGGUUUACGUUAUGAAGAAGAAAGGGUAUGGCGUGUCGAAAUGGGUUCAUGAUAGGGUUUUAGAGAAAUUUGAGGAGGAUGGGUUGGAGAAUGAUGCUGAGGAAUUGAGAGGGGUGUUUGCAUCAGGGUCUACUGACAGUUCAGUGGCGAAGGUUUGUUCCACGGUGUGUAAGAUUGUUAGAAAUGAGGUGUGGAGUGAUGAUAUUGAGAGGCAAAUACGGGAGUUGAAUGUUGAAUUUUCUAGUGAUGUGGUUAAAAUGGUGGUGGAGCAUCUUAAAACAGAGCCAACAAAAGCACUGAUCUUCUUUCGGUGGGUGGAGGAGGCUGGGUUGUUGAAGCACGAUCAACAGACGUAUAAUGCAGUGGCAAGGGUAUUGGGAAGGAUAGACUGUAGGGAUAGGUUUUGGAAAGUAGUUGAUGACAUGAGCAGCAAUGGGUGUGAACUGGAGUUGAACACAUAUGAUAAGGUUUUAGAAAGGUUUUGUAAGAGAGGGGAACUGAAGGAUGCUGUGGACUUGUAUGAGUUUGCAAUGGCUGGUAAAAAAAAGCCUCCGGUGGCUUGUUGUACUUUCCUGCUGAAGAAAAUAGUGGUUGGUAAGGAGCUGGACAUGGGUUUAUUUUCGAGGGUUGUGAGGAUUUAUACAGAGAGUGGGAAUGCCUUGACAAAUUCAAUGCUCAAUGCAGUCCUCAAGUCUUUGAUCAGUGUUGGUAGACUUGGAGAGUGCAAUAAGGUUUUCAAAGUAAUGGAGGAAGGUGGGCUUGUAGCUAGUGCUGGUUUACAGAGUAUAAUUGCAUUCAGGCUUGGUAGUGCUGGUAAAGAGGAUGAGGCAAGUGACUUCAUUAAUAUUAUGCAAGCGUCUGGCACUGAUCUGAAUUACAAGGCAUGGUCGUCCUUGAUUGAGGGAUAUUGUGUAGCUGGUGAUCUUGAGAAGGCCUCAGAUUGUUUCCAAAAGAUGAUUGAAAGGGAGGGGGUUGCCUCUGCAGGUUCUGCUUUUGAAUUGGUAAUCAAUGCAUAUUGCAGAAAGAACAGGGCAACUGAUGCAUACAAGUUUCUCUCUGAUUUGGUCAGUAAAAGGCAGCUCAAGCCAUGGCAGACCACAUACAAACUGUUGAUUAGCAAGUUAUUGGCUCAGGGUGAAUUUAGAAACGCUCUGCAUAUUCUGGGUCUGAUGAAAAAUGAUCGAUUUCCUCCUUUUAUAGAUCCAUUCAUUAAGCAUGUAUCAAAGUCUGGAACUGGUGAUGACGCUAUAGCUUUUCUGAAGAUCAUGGCUUCAAAGGAAUUUCCAUCCACCAUUGUGUUUCUCAAAGUAUUUGAAGCCUAUUUUAAGGCUGGACGGCGUAGCGAAGCACAAGAUUUCCUUUCAAAAUGCCCGGGCUACAUUCGUAAUCAUGCUGAUGUACUGAACCUAUUCUGUCCUGGUAAAUCUGGAGAAGGUGCUGCAACCAAAGUUGUUGCUGCUUAGGCUUUGUUAGAUUGUAUUUUUGUAUUGUAUUGCAUGAGUUUGAUGCACCAGAGUUGAACUUGUUCAAAAAUUUUGAUUUGAAUAUCACCUUUGCUGCUCCACCGAUAUUAA